AAUUUUAGCUAUGGCUUAAAAGUCAAAACAAAAAAUAAAAAAAAAAUAAUUAAAACAUGAAAAUUUGUGAGAGAGUGUCGUGGGUUUUUAAUUAGGAUUUUCGGUAUUCAGUUAAGGAAACCGGCUUGGAGUGUCCUGUAAAGUGAACUGAUAUUGGAAUACUACAUAACAGAAAACCCACACGGACACCUUGAAGAAAUUGAUCAAACAUCAACAAUGAGCAGCUCAUCCCCGCAAAACAGCCCGAUGCCGCCGCCCCAAGCGCCCAGUCCCAUGGGACCUCCGGCACAUACGAGUCCCGCUCCUUUACAUUCCCCGCACAGUCCCUACCAGCAACCACCACCCAUGGGCACACACAUGAACGUACCACCUCCGGGGCAUUCUAUGGGCCCCAGUUUACAUCAGCCCCAUUUGCCGCCGACCAGUCAGUCUAGCGGGCACGGACCACCCCCACAUAUGCAGCAUUUAUCUCAUCAGCAACACGGCGGAGGUCCUCCCGGUCACCAAGUGUCGUCCUCUUCGUCCCACGGGCAUCCUCCUCACCAUAUAACUCAACAGCAUUCGAUGCCGCCACAAAGUCAUGGACCGCCACCUGGAGCGCAUCAUGGUCCACCGCCGCAAGGGCACCACAUGGUGGGAGUAUCGCUCUCGCAAGGUCUCGGACCUCCGUCAUCUCCCGGACACCAUCCGAUGCACUCGCCACCGCCAGUGUCUCAAGCUCACAACUCUUUACCACCACCACCACCUCCUCACGGACCUCCUCCUCACCAUUCACCACAGAUGAGUCAUCACAUGGGACCGCCGCAGAGUCAUUCUGCGCAGGCUCAUUCGCAGUAUCCAGGAGGAGGACAUGGUCAACAUAGAGAGAGCUCUCCAUCCCCGGGGCCACCGCCUCACUCUCACCCCCAAGGUCCGCCCCAUCCUCAACCCUCCCAUUUGCCGCCCCAUCUGUCACCUCAAGGGCUGCCACAUCUGCCUCCGCUGUCACACGGUCAAAACCAGACGAUGCAAGGUCAAAGUCAUCCCAUGCAAGCGGGACAUCCGAUGCAAGGUCACCUCUCACCUCAAGGUCAAUCGGGGGGGCAUCAUCCCCCGUCGCCCCAACAACAACACCCGCCCAUGCCCCAUUUGUCGCCCCAGGGACAUCCGCCCUCACAAGGUCACGGUUCGGGUGUCAGUCAAGGAGGGCACGCACCACCUGGACAUCCUUCGCCAACUCAUCGAACAUCACCAGGACCACCGUCCCAAGGACCCCCACCACCAGGACAGGAGAAUCUCAGAGCGUUGCAGUCCGCAAUCGACUCCAUGGACGAGAAAGGGAUGCAAGAGGAUCCCAGAUAUUCCCAGUUGCUCGCUUUGCGUGCCAGGGCCAACGGUACUGCCGCCCUAUCCCAAAUGCAAAUGACUCAGUUGAGGAAUCAAAUAAUGGGGUAUAGGUUCUUAGCAAGGAACCAGCCGAUACCGCAACACCUGUUUAUGGCUUUACAAGGAAAACGACCGGACGGUACCCUUUUGCAAACCUCUACUCCGCCACCCCCCGCUCAGGAGGCUCCGAGAGAUCCGUACGAUGAACCUGCGGCGGUACCGAUAUCGUUGCCGCCCCCGGCCGCCUCCCAUUUUAUGAGGCCGCCCGCCGCCCCACUUCAGGGACAGUACCAGCAGUUGCCGCCGCCUCCUCCUCCUCAGGUAUCUCACGGACAGCAGGUUCGUCAGCCGUACAAGCCGCAACAAACGAGACCCGGCAGCAUCCAACAUUCCAAGCAGGCACGAAUCACCACCGUACCAAAACCUCUUGGUCUCGAUCCGAUAUUAUUGUUACAAGAACGGGAAAAUAGACUCGCGGCACGUAUAGCGACGCGGAUGCAUCAACUGACCAACCUGCCCACCGACAUGUCCGAGGAGUUACGGAUCCAGGCGCAAAUCGAGCUCAGAGCGCUCAGAUGUCUGAACUUUCAGAGGCAAUUGCGUUCCGAAAUUAUCGCUUCCACUAGACGGGAUACGACUCUGGAAACGGCUGUAAAUGUAAAGGCGUAUAAACGAACGAAGCGACAAGGUCUCAGGGAGGCCCGUGCGACCGAAAAGCUCGAAAAACAGCAAAAACUCGAAGCCGAACGGAAACGGCGUCAGAAACAUCAAGAGUUUCUGAAUUCGGUGCUGCAACACGGCAAAGACUUUAGGGAGUUUCAUCGGAACAGCAUGGGCAGAAUUGGAAAACUUAAUAAGGCGGUGCUUAAUUAUCAUGCCAACGCCGAACGGGAGCAGAAGAAGGAGCAGGAGAGGAUUGAAAAAGAACGGAUGCGACGACUUAUGGCCGAAGACGAGGAAGGAUACAGAAAACUUAUCGACCAGAAAAAAGACAAACGUCUGGCGUUCCUUCUCUCUCAAACCGACGAAUACAUCGCGAGCCUGACGGAAAUGGUGAAGCAACAUAAAAUCGAACAAAGAAAGAAGCAACACGAGGAAGAAAGGAGGAAGAAGAGAAAACGAAAGAGAUUGGCGGCCGAAGGAGUGCUGAAUCAAGAGGACGACGAGGACUCUGACAAGCCGAUCGCGGUCAUAGAAAUGGCCACUGGUAAAAGAUUGAGCGGUGACGAGGCGCCGCUAAUGAGUCAACUGCAGUCGUGGCUACAACAAAAUCCCGGCUGGGAGAUCGCCGAUACCGACGACGAGGACGACGACGACGACAACGACGACGACGAGAAUCGUAAGAACGCCGAACCGAAAACGGACGAGGAUAAAACCAAAGCGUUAAUCAAGAAAGCCAAAGUGGAGGACGACGAGUAUCAUAAGAAAAUCGGCGAGGAACAGAGUUAUUACGGAAUCGCUCAUACGGUGCAUGAAAUUGUUACCGAACAAGCCUCCAUUAUGAUCAAUGGAAAACUUAAGGAGUAUCAAGUUAAAGGCUUAGAGUGGCUGGUUUCACUGUACAACAAUAAUUUGAAUGGUAUUCUUGCCGACGAGAUGGGCCUCGGUAAAACCAUUCAAACCAUCGCUCUGAUCACGUAUCUGAUGGAAAAGAAGAAAGUGAAUGGGCCGUUCCUUAUAAUAGUACCUUUAUCUACUUUAUCGAACUGGGUGUUGGAAUUUGAAAAAUGGGCUCCCUCCGUAAUCGUGGUGUCCUACAAAGGCUCCCCGGCUGGCAGAAGGCAAAUCCAAAGCCAAAUGAGGUCCACCAAGUUCAACGUUUUACUGACCACCUACGAGUACGUUAUUAAGGAUAAAGGCGCACUCGCUAAGCUUCAAUGGAAAUACAUGAUAAUCGACGAAGGUCACCGAAUGAAAAACCACCACUGUAAACUCACCCAAGUUUUAAAUACCCAUUACAUGGCCCCUCACCGUUUACUCUUGACCGGUACCCCACUGCAAAACAAAUUGCCCGAGUUGUGGGCCCUAUUGAAUUUCCUUUUACCGUCGAUUUUCAAGAGUUGCUCCACCUUCGAACAGUGGUUUAAUGCACCGUUCGCUACCACUGGUGAAAAGGUGGAACUAAAUGAAGAAGAAACAAUUUUGAUCAUCCGACGUUUGCAUAAGGUGUUGAGGCCGUUUUUGUUAAGGAGGUUGAAGAAGGAGGUCGAGUCCCAGUUGCCAGACAAAGUGGAAUAUAUUAUAAAAUGUGACAUGUCCGGACUGCAGAGGGUACUUUAUAGGCAUAUGCAGAGCAAAGGCGUGUUAUUAACCGACGGUUCCGAGCGCGGUAACAAAGGCAAAGGCGGUGCCAAAGCGUUAAUGAACACGAUCGUUCAGCUACGAAAAUUGUGCAAUCACCCCUUCAUGUUCCAGCAUAUCGAAGAGAAAUGGUGCGAUCACGUCGGUAUAGCCGGCGGAGUUAUUUCUGGGCCGGACAUUUAUCGCGCCUCGGGCAAAUUCGAACUCCUAGAUAGAAUUUUACCUAAAUUGAAAGUUAGCAAUCAUCGGGUGUUGCUUUUUUGCCAAAUGACUCAACUGAUGACGAUAAUGGAGGAUUAUUUUUCUUAUAGGGGUUUCGGUUAUUUGAGGUUGGAUGGAGCGACGAAGGCGGAAGAUCGAGCCGAUUUAUUAAAGAAAUUUAAUACCGAUAGGAAGGAUUAUUUCAUUUUCUUGCUGUCGACUAGAGCGGGCGGAUUAGGGCUGAACUUGCAAAGCGCCGACACCGUCAUUAUUUUUGAUUCGGAUUGGAAUCCGCACCAAGACUUGCAAGCUCAAGACCGCGCUCACCGUAUCGGCCAACAAAACGAGGUCCGAGUCCUCCGUUUGAUGACCGUCAACUCGGUGGAAGAAAGAAUUUUAGCGGCCGCAAGGUACAAACUGAACAUGGACGAAAAAGUAAUUCAGGCGGGCAUGUUCGAUCAAAAAUCCACCGGAUCCGAACGGCAACAGUUUCUCCAGAGUAUUCUACAUCAGGACGGAGAUGACGAAGAGGAGGAAAACGAGGUACCGGACGACGAAACCGUCAAUCAGAUGGUCGCGCGGUCGGUGGACGAGUUCGAGAUGUUCCAAAAAGUGGACCUGGAACGGCGCAGGGAGGAAGCGAAACUGGGCGCAACCCGUAAGCCACGCCUGAUCGAGGAAAAGGAACUGCCCGAUUGGCUGGUCAAAGAGGACGACGAGGUAGUGGUUUAUAUAAAAAAUCGAUCACACGUGGAUCCGUGGAACUAUGAGGAUUCGGAUGCUAUUAUGGGUCGCGGCUCUAGGCAUAGAAAAGAGGUCGAUUAUACCGAUAGUUUAACUGAAAAAGAGUGGAUUAACGAACUUGACGAAUCCGACGAGGAAGACGAAGAAGACGACGAACCGAAAAAGAGAAAGCGAGGUAAAAGAAGAAAGCGAGGAGAAGACUCUGAUAGCGAUGCCGGACCCAGUCUCAAGAAAAAAACGAGAGGUAAAACCAACGAGGAAAACAAGCUUAAAAAGCAAAUGAAAAAAUUGAUGACAGUCGUUACAAAAUAUACAGACAGCGACGGAAGGCUCUUAAGCGAGCCCUUUGUAAAACUACCCCCGAGAAAAGACUACCCCGAUUACUACGAGGUGAUCAAAAAACCCAUGGAUAUUGCCAAAAUAAUAUCCAGGAUAGAUGAAGGAAAAUAUACGGAAAUGGCGGAUUUGGAGAGGGACUUUAUGUUAUUGUGCCAAAAUGCCCAGAUUUAUAAUGAGGAAGCUUCGUUGAUACACGAGGACAGUAUCGUGCUUCAGUCGGUCUUCACAAACGCCAAAGCGAGGAUAGAAACCGACGGGGAGGAGAAAGACGAUGAAAAGUCGCAAGAUUCGCUGGCGAAAAAGUCGGACGCCGAAAACGCCGUCAAAAUGAAGAUAAAAAUCGCCGGCAAAGGGAAAAAUAACAAGGGCUCGUCGGGCAAGAGGAAGAGAGGCAAGAAACACAUCUCGGACGACGAGGAAGACAAUGAUUAGCGAGGAGGAUAUUUCUUCACGAUUAACUCCUCACAAAUCAUUCCUAAUAAGGUGCAUUUUUUACCUCUCUAACGCUUAAAAGCUUUAAAUAUUUUUUCCGCAGUAUUCAAUUCUAGUCUACACGUUAACAGGACGCGUAACUGCUAACAGAACUACACUCACCGCGACAAAAUUCCACCAGCCUGAAAUAUUGGCCAGGUUUGAUGUUUUAUAAUUUUUUAUCAGAUUUUCACGAUUUUUCCAUCAGUUUUUAGAUACAUUUGUUGUGAUUUUUUAAAAUCAUUUUGUAAAGUAGCAUUUUUCGAUUAGGCUAUAUUAUACAGGAGUAAAACAAACUGUUGUUUUUUCUCGUAAUUUCAAAAGACCCUGUCAGAAAAUUAAGGUGGACAAUUCUGUUUACAUACUGUUCCUUGUAAUCUUUGAUGUAUUCUAAACAUUUCGAUUUUUGAUUCAUUCCAUUAUCUCAUUUCUGCUGCGAGCUGCACAUUUUUUAUUAAAACGCUGAUUUGAAGCGUAUUUUUAUUAGGAGAAACAAACACUAGGUAUAUCAUAAAGGUAAUUAAAAAAAAACGAUUUUAAUAGCGUGUAUUUCCUCCUCUCGCAGCAGUCUUCGCGCCAUCGAAUGAAUAAGGUUUUUUAUUCUUUCUUGAGGAAUAGCCUCAUAUUCUUCGAUCAGCGCUAGUCGUAAGUCUUGCAAGGUUUGUGGUUGUAUAGGACGACGACGAACGGCCCUUUUAAGUUGAUCCCAAAGAUGUUCUAUUGGGUUGAGAUCCGGGCUACAUGCGGGGGGCCAUUCCAAUCUUGGGAGUCCAACUUCAUCCAGAUAUUCGCUCACUACAUGUGCAACGUGAGGUCUAGCAUUAUCAUGCAUUUAAUGUAAAUUGGUUCCCAAUGAAUGGAGCAAAUGGGACAACAACUUCUUGAAGGAUUUCCUUAAUGUAACGGUGGGCGGUUAGAGCUCCAUUUCACAAGGAACAGUAUGUAAGCAGAAUUAUCCACCUUAAUUUUCCUACAGGGUCUUUUGAAAUUACGAGAAAAAACAACAGUUUGUUUUACUCCUGUAUAAUAUAGACUAAUCGAAAAAUGCUACUUUACAUAUCUAAAAACUUAUGGCAAAAUCGUGAGAAUCUGAUAAAAAAUAAAAAAUUUAUAAAACAUCAAACUUGGCCAAUAUUUCAGGCUGGCGGAAUUUUGUACCGGCGAGUAUAUAUAGAUUUAACUGUUAUUUAGGUUUCUAGAUCUUUUUUCUCUUAAAACAUGUGGCCCAUCUGUUGAUAUACUUCCACUCUGUAAACAAUAAAAAACAAACUUGUUUAUGCGUACGUCGACAUUUCUACUUAUAUUAAGCCAUCCUCAAAGCAAUAAGUGGAAAAAAUUAUUGAGGAUGACUUAUAAUCGAAACGUUGACAAUUAAAAGUGAGGUCACUCGACUUCUAAUUUGCUGCUUUAAGUUCUAGCUAACCGUCAUAUGGCAACUGUGCCACUUUUAAAAUAUAAACUCGUCUUUAGGUGUUACUCGUAAAGUUAGACAUUUUUCCUAUUCUAGAUGUAAUUAGUUAAAUAUUUCUUGUGCAGGUCACGUUAUUUAGUUAAGUCAUUUGAUUAAUACACAAACCUUUAGGCGUUAUCGUUUUUUAUGAGAAGAUAUUUAGUACAACCUUGCUGCUGGCAUUUCUUGUUUACCCAUAACCUUUUUUAGAAAAUAUCAAUUAAACUCGUUUGUAUUCAGUUUUCUAAAUUUGGAAAUUUUCAAGAGCUUAAGGUGUGUCUAAAAGAACGAAAAUCAUUAGUGUACACACGUUUCUACUCUUGUCGUACAUAACAAAUUCGUGUAGUAUAUAACGCUUCACCUUACUAUAUAAUGUGUUCUUCGACCCCUGGACGAAUUACUUUACUACCCUUUUUGAGCCAAUUGAAUCACUCUAUUUUAAUAAACAAUUCAGAAACUCAUAAUUUAAUAUCCUUUUAGUAUUUUUUUAUUCCACGGCAAGGCUGUACUAUUUAAUGAAUAUAUUUUGAGAUUAAGAAAAAAAAAACGUAACUUAUGUGAUAUAUUGGGUGAUUUUUAUUUUUAGAAUUUAAUUUGACUUCAAAGUCGAUACGAUAAGUAAAUUUUUCUCGUGCCAUAAAAUGGAUUUUAACUAAUCGUUAGAAUAUAUGCUCAAUAUCUUCGCUUAAAGCUCUUGUUAUAUUUAUGACUGUGUAGGAGUAUUUUGUGAUGGCAUUAGUGCAUUAACUUCUUAUCUGAUGCAAUACAAGUGAAUUUUCGCACUACUGCACCUCAAAUUUCUCCAGGGAACCUUUUUCCAGACUAUAGGGUUGGCCAUUUUAAUAUAUGCACCUAAAUUACUCUGAAAGUAAGCGAGAUACAGAAAAAUGUUUAAGGUCAAAGUUGUUCAGGACAGAGGGAGACAUAAUGCAUCUGUGGAGGGGACUUUUUAUAGUUAAUCAAAGGCCAAAGUAUUUUUUUAAUUUUUGGGAACCCUUAUUUUUUGUAGCGGCUUCGAAAAAAUCGGGAAAUUUUACGUGUAAACUGAUGUUUUAAAUUUUGUUAUCGAAACUUUGAAAAGGUCAAAUUAAGGUCGGAACUUGUAACGUCCACGUCGUUAUUUCCGCAUUUAUGGAAUUACUCCAACCUGAAAAUGACCUUGAUAAUUGACCUCAUGGGCAAGAUGGUUAAGGUUAUUUAAACAUUUCUGCUUAAUUCACCUGUCCAAGAACCUUUUAUAUGUUUAAUUAAAACAGAAACAUUAAUAAACGGCUUUUUGUCAUUUGACCUCGAUGUUGCGAUAGCAAACAUCGAAAUAUAAACGUAAAAAUUUCCGCUCUUUUCAAAUCCACUACAGAAAAUAAGAAAUGACUCAAACAUUUAUCUGUAUCUCGACUUACUUUCGGAGCAAUUUUAGUGCAUAUAUUAAAAUGGCUCACCCUACAUAAAUUUGCCUGCUAAUUUAUUUGCUACCGACUGAAAGCGUAUUUAAAUCCAUUUUUAAUAUUAUUAUUAUUUACCAGGAUGUAGAUGAGGCUUUAAAAACUAGUUGCCAAUUUUCAGCUUUUAAAGCUUUAGUUAUAAUUUUUACUGUUAAGCUAUCAGCCCGUGUAAUACACCUGAUAAAUGUGG